AUGUUGUGCUGUGGUAAAAAUGGUAAUUAACACAGUCUCAAAAAUAAAAUGACAAGAUUCCGAUUUUCAGCAGAAGAAGUUUAGGAAUUGCAGAGAAGGUAUUUAAGUAGUAUUUUAAAUUAGAUUUUAGAGAAUGACAAAUGGAUCUAAUUAUUUAACAAAAAAUUAAUUUAGAGACAAUAUGGGACUUUUAGGUCUUGAAACAGUUUAAGUAUUGAGUGAUUGUUUAUUUUAAAUAAUUGAUGAAGAUCAGGAUGGUAAAAUAUAAUUUAAUGAAUUUCUUGCUUAUUUUGAUAAAAUCACAUAUGGUUCUCAAGAUGAAAAAGCUGAGAUAUCAUACAAAUUAAUUGAUUAAAACAGAAAGGGUUUUUUCACAUUAAGAGAUUUCUAAUAGACAAUGUAAGCAUUAAUAGAUUCUUGGGUUGUUAUGACUGGAACUGCGAUAACGAAUGAAAUAAGAGAUCAUUUAGAAAAAAGAGUUGGUUAUAUAUUUACAUAAAUGGAUAAAAAUAAUGAUGAAAAAGUCUCAUUUAUUGAAUAUAAGGGAAUUUUAGCUAGUGAUCCAACUUUAUUAGAUAUAUUCGAAUUUUUAAGGAAAGGGAUAACUAUUUCUAUAAAAGAGGCCACUUUAAAAUAAGACUAAAUAGUUUUAAGUGAGUUAUAUCUGAUAAAAGAUUAAGCAGCAGACUUAUUUGAAAUGAUGAUAGGAUUUAAAUAAAAUAGAUAUUCAACAUCAGUAUAAGUUAAGCCAAGUUUAAUUUAAAGUUUAAUGUUUUGCUAAAAGAAACUGUAUUUAUUUAAUGAAUUUAUGUUAUAGAAGACCAAAUACGAAUAGUUAAUUUGGGAUACAAUAUUUGAUGGGAGAAGAAGUUGAUGCUUUAUCAUUAAGAAUGUCAAGCACAAUAAAUGUGAAUAAGCCUCGUUAAUAAUAAGCAACUAGUCAAAUAAUAUGCUCUUAUAGUUAAACUGGUCCAUUCAUACAUAGAGGUGAUUAAGAAAUUCCAAUUAAGAUCGAUUAUAACUUAAAAUCUCAAGAAAAUAUGGAGACUUUAGAUCCUGAAUUAACUGAUGGUUUAGAAAAGAUUAAUUAUAUGUCAGAUGAUUAAAUAAGAGAUAAUUAUAAAGAGGCUUUGGUUAAAAUUCAUGAAUUAAAAUAACAAACUUAAUAAUCAUUAGAAAGAUUAGAGAAAAUGUAUUAAAAGAAAUUGGAAGAAUUCAAUAAUAAAAGAAAUAAAGAUUUAGAAUUGGCUGAAAAAAGAAGAGCUACAAUAGCUAAUAUAAAUAAAAAGAGAAAGACUGCAUUAUCUGUUUAAUUUGGUCAUUAAAAUUGGAAUCUCGUUUUAAAUAUGAUGAUUGGAAUUUAAAUGGCUGUAAAAUCUGUUAAUGCUUUAAGUGAUUAUGAAGUUAAUCUUAAAGAUUUUAAAUUAAAAUAUUAUUUUGAACUUAUGCCUAAAAGAACUGGCAAUGAAAAAGCAACUUUUAAAGUCUGUAAAUUCUUUGAUUAUGCUCCUUAAGUGUUUAAUCACAUAAGAAAAAUGUUUUUUAUAGAUAAUGAUAAUUAUUUAAGUAGCAUUGGACCUGAAACUUUAUUAUCAAGUAUCUUAAAAGGUGAUUUAAGCACAUUAUCAGAAUUAACAUCAACAGGUAAAAGUGGAAGUUUUUUCUAUUAUUCUUAAGAUGGCAUAUAUACAUUGAAAACUAUUUCAAAAUCAGAGUUCACUUUCAUGAGACAUAUCUUAUAUAAUUAUUAUAAACAUCUUAAAGAAUAUAGAUAAUCAUUAAUAAUAAAAUUAUUUGGAAUGCAUAAAAUCGUAUUAGAUGAUAAAAAAAUACAUUUUGUUAUAAUGAGUAAUGUGUUUAAAACAUCUCACGAAAUAAAUAUAAGGUAUGAUAUAAAAGGUAGUCUUCAUUAAAGAAAAACCCCAAAUAAUGCUGAUUAUACUGUUGCCAGAAAAGAUUUAAAUUUUUUAGAAUCUCAUGAAAAAAUAAAUAUAAGAAUAGAUAAAUAAAGUGAAUUACUAACAUAAUUAUAUAGAGAUGCCGAUUUCUUUGCUCAAAAUAACAUUAUAGAUUAUAGUUUACUUUUUGGAAUUCAUGAAAUUAAUGUUCUUCAAACAUCUUAACGAACAGAUACGAUAUAAGAGAUUGAAUCAGAUAAUAUUUCCAUUAUUCAAUCAAAAACUGGUGAUAAAAUAUAUUUCUUUGGGAUUAUUGAUAUUUUGACCAAUUUUAAGUAUUGUCCAUAUAAUUAUCAAUAUUAGCACUAAAAAGAAGAUUGAAUAUUGUUGUAAAAGAUGUUUUUAAGGUCCUGAUAUUUCUGCUAUUCCUCCACAUUAAUAUGCUGAAAGAUUUAAGAGGUUCAUAACAAAUAUGUUUAGAAAUAACAUCUGA